GUUCCUUCUCAACAUGGAUUCAGACAGAUCCAAGCCAGUGAUUAUACUGUAACUAUCAAACUUUGAAACAGCAGGCUAUUCAACGUGCUAUCAAUAUGGCGAAGAAGAUUAUUACUAUUGUAGGAGUUACGGGCAACCAGGGUGCCUCCGUUGCCGAAUUGUUUGUUGGCAAGGCAGACUGGCAUGUUCGUGGCCUUACGCGCGACCCGAGCAAGCCCGCAAGCCGAGCUUGGAGAGACAAGGGUGUCGAACUCGUUAUAGCCGACUUAAAUGAUGCCGCCUCCCUAAAGACGGCCUUUGCGGGGUCAACAGUUAUUUAUGGCGUUACUGACUUCUGGGGCAUCCUGGCCGACCCCAAAGUCCAGGAGCGCGCUCAGGCCACAGGCCGCCCAGCCAACGUGGAGGCUUACGAGGUUGAGGUGCAGCAAGGUCGGAAUAUUGUAGACGCCGCAAAUGCAACCGUGGACACCUUGGAUCGAUUUGUGCUGUCGACGCUCUCGUCCACGAAGAAAUGGAGCAAGGGAAAGUACACCCACAAUUUUCACUUUGACGGGAAGUGGGAAGCCGUCGAUUACCUGAAGGCCUCCUAUCCGGCACUGGCAAAGAAGACAUCAUUCCUGCAACUAGCGCUCUAUAUGACUAACUGGAAAAUCAUGCCAAUGGGAGGGCCAAUCAAGCAAUCCGAUGGUACCUUCGUGCUAAGCAUUCCCGCAGAUGGCGACGCCCCGGUUCCUAUGGUCGAGCCGCGCCACGACACCGGAAACUUCGUCAACGCUCUAUUGCAGGUUGAGCCGGGCAAAAACCUCCUUGGCUAUGCUAGCAUGUUGAGCUGGGAUGAUUUCGCUACCUUGUGGGGUAAGAUUCAUGGCGUGACGUGUCGCUUCCAACGUCUAGAGCGCACUGUCCUUGAAAAUGCGGUCCCUGGUGGCAUAGGCGAGGAACUGGCCGAUAUGUUCGGUUACAUCGGAGACUUCGGCUAUGAUGGUCGUGAUCCAAGCGUUGUCUACCCCAAAGAUGUAGGUCUUUUCGCUACAUCUAUAUCAAGAACCCUUUCUUACAUUCAAUAUAGCUAGGUGUGCCCGUCCCAGUCUAUACUAUCGAGGAGUAUAUUAAGGAGGAAGACUGGUCUGGAGUCCUUUAGGCUCAAGGUUGGUUGACCGGUAUAUUACUACCUCACCUCCUGUAUUUCUUUGCCUCCCAGUCUUGGUAUAAGCGACCUGCUUCGAAACUAAGAAGCUUGGUGUAUAAAUACCGUCGCUAUGCUCCGUAUUCAGCACUCAAUUAUUUGUUCUCUGAUUAUUCCUUUCUGGAAAUUUUAUUUCGCCUCGAUCCGACUCUCAUUAAAUAGACAUUUACUAUCGUGGGUCUCAUCCGCAACUGAACUGUACUAAGGACCGUAAUGGCUCCUUAGCAGGUAU